AUGCCUUUUUCCUUCUCGUCGUCCAUCUCCUUUUCCUCUUCCGUCACCCGCAACGGCAGGACUGAGGAGAAACGAUGGGCUCGCAAGCACGAAUGCAGCCCCUCUGGCACCACGAUCCGAACGGCUUCAAUGCGGACGGGGGAACCAGUGUACCUCGAGCGCCGCGACUGGGACGCCUCAGGUCGUCCCAUUCCCCAGGGACGGAAUCUCCGCAACGGCGAGUCGACGAAGGCAAACAUUGACAGACGCAUCGAGGACGUCUCCGAGCAAGAGCAGAGCACCAAGUCUUGA